AUGGAUAAUGCGGGUGCUAAUGCCUCAGGUGAUGAGAGUGGCCUCAGAGAUCAUGACAGAUUGUUACCCAUAGCCAAUGUUGGUAGGAUCAUGAAGCAAACCUUGCCACCAAAUGCAAAGAUCUCAAAAGAAGCCAAAGAAACAAUGCAAGAGUGUGUAUCUGAGUUCAUAAGCUUUGUCACCGGAGAAGCAUCGGAGAAGUGCCGGAAAGAGAGGCGAAAGACAGUGAACGGCGACGACAUCUGCUGGGCAUUAGGAACACUGGGUUUUGAUGACUAUGCUGGUCCACUAAGGAGGUAUUUGCAUAGAUAUAGAGAGCUAGAAGGAGAUAGAACUAAUAAUCCAGAAAAAGUUGGAAACAGUGAAGAGAAGGAAGAGUCUCCCUCAUAUACAAAUGGCUACUUGCAGUUUCAAGACUUUCUUGAGUUGAGUAUGAUUGUUUUUGAUUUGUCAGAUGACAAAUUCAGGCGUCUUGAUGGGAAUUUAGGGAGACAGCCAACAAACCAAUGA